GUGCGCCGAGAGCGCCGUGGACUUCUACGACCUUUCCUUGGGCUCCUCCCUCAACCGCAUCGGCUACUGCAAGGACAUCCCGGGCCGCGUCAUCCAGAUGGACUUCUCGGCCGACGGCAAGCACAUCCAGGUGUCCACCAGCACCUACGCCCGGCAGGUGCACGAGGUUCCUUCGGGCAAGAUGGUCACCGAAGCGGCCCUGGUGGAGAGGAUCACCUGGGCCACGUGGACCAGCAUCCUGGGCGACGAGGUCCUGGGCAUCUGGCCCCGCAACGCCGACAAGGCCGACGUCAACUGCGCCUGCGUGUCCCGCGCCGGCCUCAACUUGGUGACCGGCGACGACUCGGGCCUCGUCAAGCUCUUCGACUUCCCGUGCUCGGAGAAAUUUGCCAGACACAAGCGCUACUCGGGACACUCGGCUCACGUGACCAACGCCCGCUUCGCUUGCGACGACAAGUUUGUCGUCAGCGCCGGCGGCAGCGACCGCAGCUUGUUUGUGUGGAAAUGUCAGUAGGCGACGGCGGCGUCCUGCGGCGGCCCGUGCGAGGACGACGGGGUCACAAAUGGAGAAGCACGCCGCCCGUCCGUCCCUUCGCCGGCCCUUUUGUCAAUGUGUCGCCACCCCCCCCAGAUGAAGUUUCUUUUUGUUUUGGAGCUCGGACGCUCGACAGAGGGAGAUCCGAGCGACGAGAGCCUCGACUUUGAAUGGAGGAACACGAGCGCGGAGACCGCGUCCACGCGCCGUCGGGGGGCGCCAUUUGUGCCAUCUUUGCCGGGCGUGUUUCUCCUCCCCGAAAGCUUUUUUUGCAAAUUGGAAACGGACGGACGGCUUUCUGGCGCCAUCGCUCCCUCCGUUUGCAACCAGAGAAGAAGAACGGAUUCCCGACAGUACUUUGCUGGUGUCAAAACAAGUUGGCUGGAGUUGCUUUUCCGGCUCAUUCAAAUUGGGGCCAUUGUGACCCAUCAAGUCCGCUCAUUUUCACACACACACACA